GGCGGAAAAGCGGAGGCGGCUUUCCAGAGGCCGCGGCUCCCUUAGCUGAGCCCGAGCGGCCUCUGAGCGGCGGCGAAGCUCGCGGAGAGGGCUCCCCUUCGGCUCCGGCUCGCCCCUGCUCCGCCUCCACCAUGUCUGUAGCUGGGGAUGGCGGGGCGGGGACUCCCAAGGCGCUACCUUCGUCCGGACCCAAAUCCCUGCAGGACAUCUCGCACCCGCUGGCCGCCUCCAGCAGCGAGGAGCUCAGCGUGGAACUGACGCCCAGCCCGGAUUUGCAACUGCCCCGCAGCAUCGCCGACAAGGAUCUCAGUUUGCCCAACGGUACUCCUGCAGAUACUUCUAGUCCCGCCUCUUCCUCCUCACUUCUUAAUAGACUACAACUGGAUGAUGACUUGGAUGGGGAGAUGAGGGACCUCUUUGUCACUGUUGAUGAUCCCAAGAAGCAUGUCUGUACGAUGGAGACUUACAUCACUUAUCGGGUCACAACUAAGACCACUCGAGCUGAGUUUGACUUGCCAGAGUAUUCAAUGCGCCGAAGAUACCAGGAUUUUGAUUGGCUCAGGAAUAAACUGGAGGAAUCUCAGCCGACUCAUCUCAUUCCUCCUCUUCCAGAAAAAUUUGUGGUCAAAGGUGUGGUUGAUCGUUUUUCAGAAGAAUUCGUUGAAACGAGGAGAAAGGCCUUGGAUAAAUUCUUAAAAAGGAUUGCGGAUCAUCCAGUACUUUCUUUCAAUGAACAUUUUCAUGUAUUUCUUACAGCCAAAGAUCUUAAUGCUUACAAAAAACAAGGAAUGGCUUUGCUUACCAAGAUGGGAGAAUCUGUAAAAUAUGUCACAGGAAGCUAUAAAUUAAGAAGUCGACCGUUGGAGUUUGCUGCCAUGGGUGAAUAUCUAGAUACGUUUUCUCUGAAGCUAGGAACUAUUGAUAGAAUAGCACAGCGGAUAAUCAAAGAGGAAGUGGAAUAUUUAGUGGAACUACGAGAAUACGGUCCCGUUUAUUCAACCUGGAGUGCACUAGAGACAGAGGUGUCUGAACCUCUUGAAGGUGUAUCAGCCUGCAUUGGAAACUGUUGCACAGCUCUUGAGGAAUUGAGCGAAGACAUGACUGAAGACUUCCUGCCUGUUUUACGAGAAUAUAUCCUGUAUUCAGAUUCCAUGAAGAAUGUGCUGAAGAAAAGAGAUCAAGUUCAAGCAGAAUAUGAAGCCAAACUAGAAGUUGUGGCCCUAAAGAGAGAAGACCGUCCCAAGAUGCCCACAGAGGUUGAAAAGUGUCAAGACCGGGUAGAAUGUUUCAAUGCUGACCUGAAGGCUGACAUGGACAGAUGGCAGAACAACAAGCGGCAAGAUUUUAGGCAGCUGCUGAUGGGAAUGGCAGAUAAAAACAUCCAAUAUUAUGAGAAGUGCCUUACGGCGUGGGAGUCUAUUAUACCACUGUUGCAAGAUAAGACUGAGACCAAAUAAGCUGCAGCUUUUUUCUGAAUUUCUUCCCUGCACCACGGACAUUCACCAAAUGCCCAGAAUCACUACCACUGAUUAUACUGAAGAUUUACUAUACACCUUGAUGUAAGUUUUUUUUUCUCUCCUGGAGGAACACCAAGUGUGCUAAUUCUGAACUGUACAUUUUUUGCCACUUUUUAACCAAACCACCUUGAACAUUCUUACUCUGUGAACUUUGGAUGAUGGAAGUUAAAACAAGAGCACUUUUUUUCUCUUGGACCACUUUAUAUUAAAUGAAAUUGAUGAAUGGAACACUAAAAUCAUAAUAAAAAUAAAGACUCUUAAAUGCAAGGUGCCAACUUGCCCUUCCUUUUUGUUAUCGGUCAGGAUAAGGUAUGUUGAUCGUGAAACAAAAGCAUCUUCAAGCCAUCCUGAUUUUGCUUCCCUUCACAUAUAGAAAAGGGAAUAUGAUUGAUGUAAGAUACCUGUUGGAUUCUGUAGCAUCUCUUAAAUGUGAGCUUUUUGUGCAGAAUGGGAAAUAUUUAAUUUAAUGUAGAAACAGGAGUUGCUAUGGUCUCCAUAUAAUAUAUUGGAAAUGUAUAGAAUAUUUGUAAAAUAAUGUUUCUAAUCUAACCUAUGGAUAUGGUGCAUACUCAGACUUCAACUUUGGGAUGGUAGAGGAAAGAAACGAUUCCCAAAGUUUGUAUCCAGUAUUGUUUACGGUUUUUUUUUCCCUUUAAAAAAGAAUGAAAAGCCAGGUAAUUUUUUGAUUUCUCAAAAUGUUUGGUUUGUGUGUGUGAUAAGCUACUCUUUAUGUCAUGUCUUAGCUCAUGCCAAACUUCUCAUUGUCACCUAGCCUUUUUUUUUAAAACUGUGGGAAUCUUCUUCAAGAUAAAUUAGUAUAAAGUAUUUAAGCAAGCAAAUAGUAACUAUAUCUGUAGGUGGGUUUGUUUGUUUUUUUACUGACCAAUUCUGAAAUAAAUUCUUGACACAUUUAAGGAAUCUGAAGGGAAGCUAUUGCUUUCCCCUACUAAAGGGAUCAGCUCAGCAUUUCAAGCACUUCUGAUUCUGCCUUUGUUCUUGUGUUUCUUUUUAGUUCAAUAGGUAUUUAUUUUGGGGCAUUCUGUAUUCAUUGUUAUUCUUGAAAGGGAGAAGUACAACCAAAAUGGAGUCUUGAUCUAAGGUUUCUUGCUUCAUUUAUAUUUUUAAGAAUUCCUUGAUAUUUUUUUUUAAUACAAUAGCCAUAAAAAACCCAGAAGUGUAAGAUUUCAUAGUAGUGAUUUGUUCAAUAGCAAAACAACAACAACAAAAAAAAAACAAAAAAAAAAACAUUGAAUUAAAUCUGAAGUUAUUGCUGUAUGACAUUUUCUGAACUAGAGCCAACAUCAUUAGAUGUAUGAGAUAACAUGGACUGUAAACUCUGAAAACCUUCUGCCUUCCUCAGUGUAUUGUCUUCCAGACCGGUUAGGCUACAAUUUCCGUCCUCAAGCAAUUUUGGCUGUCAUGGUUGGGCUGAUAAAAGUUAAUAGCUCUGCAUAGUAUAUAAUCCAUCAUGUUAAUGAAAAGUAGCUUAAAUAAUGCUUUAAAAUACUUUGAAACACUUGAUGGUUGAUUGCUCAACAGAUUUACAUAGUUUUGUCAGUGUUGCUCUAUAACAACUAUAACACUAUUUAACUAGCAAUUUUCUAAUUUUUAUUAUUAUCUACGAUCAUCAAGCAUUCAAACUAUUAGAAUGCCAGCCAUGUAAAAUGCACAAAAAGCAUCCUUAAAAGUUUCAGUUAAAUUUUUCUCAGUUUCAAUAGUUUGGAUACCAGUCCCUUAAAUCUCUUGUUAACUUGAAGGAAAAUUGAAAAUCUGUGUCAGGAUAAUUUCUGGAAAUGAAUUUCUGAAAUCAUGGCCCCCAUAGCGAUCCUACAGUUUUUAGAACCUGUGACACUUGAGUCUAAAUUAAUUAAUUAAAAUCAAUAAUUUAAAAUAAUGUAUGUUUUUAUAUUCAGGCAUAUUUCUGGUAGUGGAUCUCACAUGGGGUGCUUGCUUAGGGGAAGAAUUUUCACCUGCUCCAAGUUUAGAUGAUUAGAUACACAUAAAUAUAUGAUCAAACAGUAACCCCAAAAAGUGAGAGGGAAACUAUAGUUUGUAGUUCAGAUAAUAGAAGUUGCCGUAAAAUCCUUGCUUUUGUUUGUAAAAAGAAAAAAAGAAAAAGAGUUGUCCGUUCCAACACCCACAAAACACCAUAGCAAAGAGGUGUAGUUGUUGCUGUGUAUCUGGGUAGUACAAUUUAAUUGUAUUAGAAAACUGCCUCAUUCAUUUUCAGAGCUGGGAAAAAGUCAUUCUUCUCCCUGCAGUGUUUUCUUUUUCUUAAUUCUUAUUAGUGUUAGAAUUUAGCAGCUUCUCUUAUUCCAACUGUUAGUGUUUCUAAAUUACCUAAGCAGACUUUCUUACGUAUUACUUCAUUCUGCUCUAAUAAGAUUAGAUAAGCUGUAUUCUUUCUGCCCUGAUCUGCUCAUUCAUUUGGAUGCACACAGUAGAAGCCAACUUGGGGACUAAAAGGACCAAACAAAAAUAAGGCGAAUAUUCCUGCUUAUUCCACCUUGCCCCACCCCAUAACUCACAGAUGUAUCACAAUUGCCAGCCCUGUAUUUAUUAUCCUAAUAAACCAAACGGAAUCCUAUUGUCAAUGUUUGACCACUAGGGGGAGACGUAGCACAUAUUUUUCAGCAGCUAUAAAAAAAAUUUCAAUUUAUAGCCAAAAGUUUUUAUUUUAAAUGUUAACUUACAUAAUUAUAAGUGUUUAUUAUAAUUGUUAAUUAUAACUGUUUGGCUUGAGAAAUGGCCUUUUUCUUCCAAGAUCUUACUUGUUUUUUCUAACCCAGGCUAUGGCUGCUUCUGUGUUUCCUACAUGCAGGGUUGUAGAUCAGGCUGAUAUUAUUUUGAAAGACAUACUAGCUAAUUAAAAUUUGGCAGUAGAUUUGUGACUACCGAGGGAUUAAUACCUUACCCCAUAACAGAUGAUGGAACAUAUUUAUUGCUGUGGCGUUAAGCAAGCCUUCUGUUUUAUGCCAGCUUGCAAACUCUAUAACAAUUUAGAGAAAUGACCAAUAUAUUACUAAGAAAAAAAUAAAUGUGAUUUACUUUCUAAAGAGAUAAUGAUAAUAAUGUCAUACAAAGUUGUUCUUGUAAACUAUGUAAUUCUCUAUGUCUGCAUAAGUCCGAUGGCCUGUUGUUUUUUUUUAAAUUGCAUGUAACACCUAAGGCUAUAUGUUGGCUUGCACUGGGACAGAUCUGCAUACCUAGUUGUAAAACUAGGUCCUGUCCCAGUAGACAAUCUGUCCAACACAUUCAAGAGUUGCUAUCACCUGGCUUCCAUAACCAGCACAUGAGGACUUUUGAAAUAAAUCCUUGUCUAUUUAACCAGUGCCAGAUUUAGACUUUGUGAGCUAUAUAGAACAGAGCCUUUUGCUAAAACAUUACACCUGAAUGUCUCACAAAAGUGUGUACCAAAAUAAGACUUUGAAUCACCACACAAAAGAAAUUGAAAACAUAUAUAUAUAUAUGCCUUUUAAUUUUCAGCGAGGUAUUUAAAGUGAAAAAUACGAAUCAUUUUCAAAUGGUGAUUUAUUGAUUACAUAUUAAUCAUUUGGCUGGCUUGAUCUCAUAGAUGACAAUAUAAUAUGCCUUGGAAAUAAUACUUAAAUGUACUUCAUAAAAUAAUGUUAAGAUAUAUUUCAUACACACACACAAUGCUGACAAAAUAAUCAGGAUCAUUUUUAAUAAGUAAUACACAUAUUUGCAAAAUCAGAGAACUGACACCAGAUACAAUUUAAAACAUUUUCUUGAUUUCUCAAAAGUGAAAUAAUUCUGGAAUUUUGUGAGGCCCUAAACUAUAGCUUGUUUAGCUUUUGCCUAUAUUUAGCCCUUAUUUGAUUAAACACACUGAUAAUUUCCAACAUUUUAAAAAGAAAUGACCCUUUAGGAUUAGAUUUCUUUGGGGCUUAUGUAAAGUGUAGCAGGGAGUUUGAUACGUGGUUUUGAUUCAUGGGACUUUAAUGCUAGGUUUCUCUUCACUCAUGUUCCCCAAAUUGUUAAUAUGCUUAUAUUUUGCGAUUGUCGAAGAGUUGAUUUGACAAACCUCUUAUUUGGGGUGAUUUCACAAAGUACAUAAAUAGCACUUUGCCCAAUAUUUGAGCAAACAAAACAGGAGUGAUUUUUCUCUCUGAAUCUUAUGCUAAAACGUAUGGAUGUAGGUAUGGAUAUUUUUCCUUGCAUUUUACAAUCAACAUUAAUAAUAGAGUCAUCUCUAUCUAGUCUGAAAUCUGUUUGGAAAGCAAUCUUACUUUUAACUAGCAUUAGUGCUAGCAUUAUCUAGCAUUUACAUAUGUCCUACUGUGUUGGCUUCUCAACUCCAAAUGCUUAUUCCAAAGAUGACUGACAGGUCAAUUGAAAUCCAUUUUUUGGCAUUUUCACACAUGUUUUUCAAUGUUCCAGACUUUACAUUGGAACUUUAGAUUGUAAUGCAGUUAUGCAUUUACUGAAUUGCACUACAAAUGGUCUUGCCUGUUGUGUACCUGAUAACAGCGUGCAUCUUAAAAAGGGGAAAAGAAGCCCCUUUGAGUGUGAGCAUGUUCCUUUGCUACCCAACGGUUAAGUUGAUUACAGCUUUAACAGGAAUAUUAAACAACUUGCUUAAGGCCAUUGCUAGCAAUUGCAUUGCCCAUGUAAACUACAAAAAUUGGGGCCAGGUUGAAUUUUUCCCCAGGAGCCUUAGGAAAGCUAUGGCUUUGUGGGGCAUCAUUAUUAAAUUGAAAAGAAUGUUAGGAAGUUGCCUUAAAUUAGAUCCUUGAGCCCGUUCAGGGUUUUUUAAAGAAAUAUUUCACAAACCAUUGAGCAAUAUCUGUAUAUUUUCUGUUGGCAAACCAUGCAGGUUAUCUCUCAGCUGUUUAUUUUUGCUGGAGGCUCCUGGCUGGCUGGAUGCCUGUUUUUCUGUACCUCCAGUUUUUAAAGCUCCCUCUGCCAUCAACAUCUAGCAAGAGGCACGUAACAGCCAUUUUUCCCCCUCAAGUUGAUGCCAGGCAAUUUCUCUCUGAACUUGGCAUGAACUGAUUUAAACAAAAAUACAACACCACCCUGGGAGUUACCAUAAAUGCUUUGCUGAAAGAGGGUAUUCAUCUUCUGAAGCUGCUUUAGACAUUCCCUAUUUUGUCUCUGAAAGAACCUGAUGCAGGAAAAACAGGAGAAGAAAGGCUGCAAAAGCCGAGUUUAAUUCCUCCUAUAUCUUUCUGGGCAGAUGCCAAAUCAAACUUCUGCAAAUGAUGGUUAGCAGCAAAGCAGAAGCAAAAAACUUGUAAAAACUUGCAUAGCAAAGACAUGUGCGAUGUUCAGAGGGCACGAUAGUAUGACAAGGUUAGAUACAGAUGUGCUUCAUUGUAUUCCUGACUUCUCCCCACUAUACUGGAUUGUUUAAGGCUAUUGUAUUAUCAUCCCUUGCUAGCCAGAAACAAGAAUGGGAACAAUACACCUUAAAUAAGUGUAUUCAAACUUAUUUAAUUAAGUUAUGCUAUACUGGCUGUGGGCAAGCAAGCUAACUGAAUGAGAAAAAAUGCCAAAGAUCUAGUUGAUUCAAUCAGCUAUCUUCAAUGAAUAAAUAAGUUGCCAUGUCAUCUGAACCACAUCUAUCAUAGCGAUGUAAAAAUCAGUUGUUCUUCCUUGGCAAUGCAUUCCAUUAAAGAUCCUCAGAUACCCGAAAUCAAAUCUCGCAGAUUUUGGAGUAUAAAAGCUGUUUGUUAUGUGCUAUGGAUUGGGCCUUUUCAACAGUUCCUAUUUAGGAAAAUGUGGCGAGAUGCAGUCGGAGAUAGCUAACCUACAUCAGCUGUUUGUUUCCACUUGAACAAAAUAUGUAAAUGGAUUUCAUUUUUUGAUCAGAUUUGGGAGAUCCAAGGGCAUGCUUCGGCAGAAAAUAACUCUUAUCCAUGCCAUACUUUGCACCAGCACUAUGAGGUGAGGCUUGCCAAAUAAUUUUUUCCAGUGAAUUUUGUCCAGGUGCUAGCAUGGUCACUCCAUUUUGUGCUUUUUAAGAAAUAUAUAAAUAGUAUGUUUAAAAAAAAAAAGAUUCUGUGAUGUGUUUCUUAUGUAGUUAAUAUUUUGUGGGGAAAAGGGAAGUAAACUAAUUUAUAAAAUGUGGGAGAUUCUUUGUGUAUCUUCAUGAAUACAGUUUCUUUUGACAAAAGGACAUUCAAUAAAUGUAUUUUUCUCUACCAGUA